AUGAAUUAAGUCAAUAUGGAUAAAUUACUUUAUCCAAUAAUGAUGUCAAUACGUAGUCUCAGAACCUAUUUCAAAUAAGAAGAUGAUAAUAAUCGCAUAAUCCUAGUAUUGAUUCCUAAUUGAUUAAGGAUUGCCAAAAUAAGGUGGAAGCAUUUGUGCUUUCCAUAAUGCAUUUCCUUCUUGAUUUAAUAGUUAACGGUUCAGAUCAUACAUCAAUAUCUUUCAAUAAAAAUGCACAAUAAUUAUAAAGAGAAUUAAGAAACAAACUUGAUUGUAUUCAAGACUUUGUAUAAAGCAAAGAUGUAGCAAAUUUAAAAAAGAAUAUUUUGAAAUUUUAUGACUUUAAAGAAGGCUUUAGUGAAUCAGAGAGUGAAGAUGAUGGAGUUAGUCUUUAAAUCAAAUUGGUAUGA